UGGCUUCAAGGCUGUGGAGGCGAACUUCCCAUUGGUCGGGAGCAGACACGCGCUGCGCAUGUCAGGCCGACUGGCACUAAGGCAGCAGCAGCCAUGGUGCGGUUCAAGCACAGGUACCUUCUGUGUGAAUUGAUGUCGGACGACCCCCGCUGCCGUCUAACUCUGGACGACAGAGUACUGGGCAACCUCGUACGAGACACUAUCGCCCGAGUGCACGGAACUUUCGGCGCCGCCGCCUGCUCGAUCGGCUUCGCAGUUCGAUACCUUAAUGUCUAUACUGGAAUAGUGCUACUUCGAUGCCGGAAAGAGUUCUACCAGCUUGUGUGGUCAGCUCUUCCUUUCAUCACUUAUUUGGAGAAUAAAGGACACCGCUAUCCUUGUUUUUUCAACACGUUGCACGUGGGAGGUACAAUUAGAACAUGUCAGAAGUUCCUGAUUCAGUACAACCGGAGACAACUGUUGAUCUUACUGCAGAACUGCACUGAUGAAAGACAGCGAGAAGCUAUCCAGAAAUCUGUUACCAGAAGCUGUUUAGUAGAGGAGUCGUCUGGUGAGGAGCUUUCAGACGGUGGUGAGGAGGCCGCAGAGACAAUGGAGUGAAUUCUGCUUGUUGCCCGGGGUCCACACUAGUGGGACUGGGCAUUCUAGGGGGCAGAAGCAGCACUUUUUUACUUCUCCAAACUGGAGGGCUCCCAACUAGAGGACCAAUGGACUAGCUUGACACGGAAGACAAACUAGCUUCCUCUGUCUUCAAUCCCCUGGGUAAAUGGUAAUGCAGACUCUAUAAACUUUGUAUCUGAAUGCUUGGAUGAAAGUAGGCUGAAUAAAUGUAGUUGGCUUCUAUAACCUUCAACAUCAAGUUAAAAAAUGGCAUUAUGGUUUGUAACCCCAAAACCCAAAGUGCUCAUACAAGGGGCUCUUGGGAGUAUGAGUGAUACUUUUUUUUUUUAAUUAAAAAAAAAGAUUAAGAUAAAAGAGGACAUAACAGGUCAGAACAGUUUGAGCAACAUAGUGGUUCACCACAAGACAAUCUGACAUAACAGUAGCUACCACAGUGUCUCUUUGUUUGAAAUAAUAUACCUUCAUAUACUAUAGUAUCAAACAUAAAAAGACAGUGUAAAACCAUUCAAGAGAAUGAAAGUAUUACACAGUAUUCAGAAUCAACUAACAGAAAACAACAAAGGUUACUGUAUUAUCUCCUUGUCUAUAAAAUAUUUUGUUUAUACUAUCACAUAUAAUCAGUCCACUUGUUUAUAGCUAGACGGGGUAUUAGGAGGUGAAGUGUGAGCCAGACAGGGAUCACGAGUGAAUUUGGGAAGUGUAAUCUACUCACCUCCUUCUUUAAUGUUUCAAGGCCAUGCCUCCCUGCUUUGAAGCCAGCCUAAUAUGGACUGAAACCUCUACAAACUGAGCUAAAAUAAACCUUUCCUCACAGUUGUGUCUCAGCAACAGGGCUUACAGAAUUUAUGCUUGUUCAGUUCUCUUUUUCCAUCUACAAUAGCCCUGGCCUUGGUGAGAAGACUGUGUGAUGAACUUUAAAUACUCAAGUUAUCUCACUUCAGGCUUUGUAUCUCCAACCUCCAACCUGGACUCUAAGCAAGACAAGUCAUUUGUAGUAUACCUAUUAGUAAGAAAUAGCAACUAAAUUUUGGACAUUAUCUAUUUGUAGUUUCAGGGUUUUGCUUUUGGGGGGAACUGAGGUUUUGAACACAGGACCCUCACACUGAUACCUGCCCAGUCUAGACUCAAACUUGUGAUCCUCCUGCCUCCCAGUGUUGGGAUUACAGGUGUGUACCACCAUGCCUGGACUAGUCUCAGCAAAUUAAGUCCCCAAAUUACAAACAUCUGAGUUGUGAACUUUCAUAGGUUUACUUUGCAAGACACACUUUGUCGGCUUAUGAAUCAGACUUCUUAACACCACCCAGAACACUACCUGUUCCUAAGUCAGGGACUUACCAUAUUGAUCUGUAGGGCAGUAAUGGCAACUUUUAUAGCUUUCAAUGAUAAAAAACAGCUUACUGUGGCACAUGUGCCAUAGGUUUAGUAUCACUGCUACAGGGCUUUAUGCAUACUUUUUUUUUUUUUUAAAAUGGUCUUGCUAUGUAAGUUCAGGCUGGCCUCAAACCUGCAAUGAUCUGAAUGCUGGAAUCACAAGUGUGUACCACCAUUCCCAAAACAUACUAAGUUCUUUUUUUAACUUACAACCUCACACUUGCCAGGCAGGAUGAAUCUCCAGCCCUCUUGUUAAAUUUUUAUACUUUUUUACCAGGAUUUAACUGAGUAAUUUUAGCUAUCUCAGGCUGAGGCAUGAAAAUUGCAAAUUUAAGGUCAGUCUGCAUAAUUUAGCAAGACUCUGUCUUAAAAGGGGCUAGGAAUGGAACUCAAGUAUGAGGCCUCAAUCCCUAGUACCACCAAAAAAACUUUUUUGGCAUCUCUAAGAUUUGUUUUUCUGUAAUGAAAAUAUGUCAAAAUAUUUUACUAUCUGUAAAGACCUGUGAUAUUGUGCUCCUUAUCUCAGAAAUGGAACACUUUCUGGAGUUUCUGACCCAGACCUUCUGAAAAAUGGAAAGUUAAAGCUCCACUCAGCUUUGGGCCUGACACCAAAGAAAACAGUUCAUAGUAACAGAAUUGCUCAAACUCACAGUAGCUGUUAUUUAAACCUCAAGUUAAGAACUGAUGUCUCUAACUGAAUGAACUUUAAAAAACCAAGAAGUUCACAUUAUUUUUGCAUGUAAUUUAUUGCAACUGUGCUUUUACAUUCUAUUACACCUAGAGGUCAAUUUAUUAAGCAGCAAAAGAAUUGACAUCGCUCAAACUCAGCUGAAACCAAGACAUAAGAAAGCUGCUACAGACAAAAAAGAGGCACACCUCCAGGUGUGCUAGAAUCCUGUUUCUACAACUCAGGCCACUAUCACUUAAGCUUCAUCUGAGUAAAGGGUAGCAGGUGUUAGUGAUGGUUAUAAAUUUCCCUUACCAAAGCCAGGUUCAAGAGGCAAAACUCCUUUCACAUGUGGUGGGGAUUGAAUCCAGACCUUCACAAUGAGCUACAUCCUGUCUUUUUUUUUAAUAAAUUUUUUUGGUCUUUUUUUUUGUCGGUACCGGGGAUCGAACUCGUGACUGCCUGCUUGCAAGGCAGGCGCUUAUGCCGCUGAGCUAAAUCCCCAGCCCCCAUCCUGUCUUUUUUGAGACAGACCUUCACUAAGUCACUAAACUGCCCCAGCUAUGCUCAAAUUUGCACUCCUCCUGUCUCAACCUCCCAGUGUUGGGAUUAUGGGUGUGUAUCACCACACCCAGAUCCAGAUCCUAUUUCUUAGUAAGAGAAAUGGAUAGGAAAGAAUGACUGCAGUUUUGGGGGUUUUGGUCUUUUUUGAGACAGAGUCUAUGUAGCCCAGGCUGGCCUCCAACUUGUAGCAAUCCCCCUGCCUCAGCACCCCUACCACACCAGUGCCAGGAUUAUAGGCAUGCACCACCCUGCCCAACUGACACAGCUAUUGAAACAAACUGAUGGGUGCACUAAGAGACCAGGCUGCCAUAGUAGAGCAGUGCUAAGCCGCUAGUUUGGGCUGCUCCAAUGGAUGCUAAAGAGGCUCAAACUUACUUUGAAUUGAGACAAUUACUAUAAAUGACUGCCAGUAUACUAUCUGUAAAGACCAGUAUAAAAGACCACGAAUGGUCACAAACUAAAAAUCUUGGCAGGAAAAGAUCUGAGUGUCAAUACUUUAUUUUGGUGUAAAGACGGGAAGCUGGAAAAUACACUGUAUUUAAAAUUGGCUUGGUUCCCCCUCACAUUGUGGACACCCCCUCCCCCCGCCCAAGCUAAUCUGUUCAAACUCAAAAUACUUAAAAAUUACAGCAGCAAAACAAAAGCAUGGAAAAAAAGAAA